AUGGCCAACAACCACCCCAACUCGCCACUGACACCAUCAUCUUCACGUGAACGUAAGCUCGGCCACCAGGAGAACGAUCACGUCGACCUCGACGAGCUGAUCUCUGCGCUCCCCAGAGAAAAAGGCUUUGGCAGCCUUACCCUCAUACUGUACCGGAACUUCUGGUGCCCUUCAAAAGUCUUCCCUGCCGUCCACUCCUUCUGCCGCCACUUCAUGGCACGCGACUCUGAGAUCAUCCUAGCGUGCAAGCCCAAGUCGGGCACGACAUGGCUGAAGGCACUUGCCUUCUCGGCCCUCCGCCGGGAUGUGUUCCCUCCCUCCACCGCCAGCCAUCCGCUGAUGUCCUCUAACCCCCACGAGCUCGUCCCUUUCUUCGAGUACACUGUCUACGGGCAGGCCGGCGAGCUGCUUGACUUGGGUAGUUUCUCCACCCCACGUCUCUUGGCCACCCACAUCCCACAUGAUUCGCUGCCGGAAUCAGUACGCCAAUCUGGCUGUCGGGUGAUCUAUAUCUGCCGAAACCCACUCGAUACCAUCGUCUCAUUCUGGCACUUUGCUGGACAAGUUUGGCCCAAGGUCUGGUCGAGCGGGCAGAGCCCCAAGGAGGAGUACUUUGAUUACUGCUGUCGGGGGAUCGAAGGGUUUGGGCCGUUCUGGGACCACAUAUUGGGAUAUUGGAAGGCGAGCUUGGAGGGGCCGAACAGAGUGUUAUUCCUAAAAUACGAGGACCUUAAGGAAGACACUGCAGGGAACCUAAAGAGGAUUGCAGAGUUCAUGGGUGUUCCAUUCUCAGAGGAGGAAGAGGGAGAUGGAGUGAUUGAAGAGAUUGUGAAGCUGUGCAGUUUGAGCAGCUUAAAGGAGCUAGAAGUGAACAAAACCGGCAAGCGGGCUAUUUCUUUCAUCGACAACAACACGUACUUCCGGAAAGGAGAGAUUGGCGACUGGGUUAAUCAUCUGACUCCUGCGAUGGCGGAAAAGUUGGAAAGUAUUAUGGAAGAGAAGCUGAGCCCUUUUGGGCUAAAAUUUAGGGUGAAAUAGAGCCACGCUGCCCUU